AUGGCGCCUACAAACUCGACCACAAAGAAAGGAAUCAGGAUUGGAAGUGCUCUCAAAUCUGGCGCUUCAAAGGUUAUUCCGGGCAAGCGCUUUGCCCGUCCAAUCGCCACCGUCACAACGCCAGCGCCGGGCGAGCAGCCAGUCUUCAUCUUGAAAGUACAGAUCGUAGGCUGCAAUGGGCUUCCAGGCGUAGACAGAAGUGGCAAGAGCGAUCCCUAUGUCACCGUCCGCUUGCUUCAGAAACAAUUUCAAACACCCGCGAUCACUGCGAAUCUAGACCCCGAGUUCCCAGCAGCUCAGUCGACGUUCGAGUUUCCCGUCUUUGCUUCGCUCAUCGAAGCGCUUGGCGCCCUGGAGCUUAUUGUGUGGGACAAGAAUAUAGUCAUGAAGAAGGAAUACCUUGGCGAAGUGGCUAUCCCAAUUGGAGAAUGGUUCGCCGGAACCGCGCUGACGUUCGAUGAUCCAAACAACACGCCAAUCGUUCGUCCGUUGUUGUCUACAAAGGCAUCUCGCCCUGCGAUGGGUUCCAUCAGGAUCAAGCUUGGUCUCGUGCCAGUUAACCCGCAGAUGCCAGACGUCAAACAGCCGUACCAGGAGAUGGUCCGCCGCUCUCAAGAUGCGGCAGUUACACUUCAAUCGGCACCUCCGACGGAAGGAAUCGGUACGGUUCGGAGCGACGAUGGUCACGAUCUAGAGGACGAUGGGAUGACAGACGAUGAGACUGAGGACGAAUUUGACAGUGACCAGCCCUCUGCUGCCGAAGUCAUUCAAGCUGUCGCGCCUGUAGGUGCCGUUUCUGUCGCUCCAGCCACACCCCAAGUUGCCGUCAAGGCUCCAGAAAUUGUCGCACCCAUCCCAGAACCCAUAUCCUCACGACCCGGCCUACUCCCACGUCUCUUCUCUACAUCUUCGCGCCGUGGUUUAACGCAACCACAGCAGCCUGCAGAGGAAAGUACCUCGACCUCGGCACCAUCGUCGCGACCUUCCACUCCCGGAAAGUCCAAGCGACCCAAGUUCAGGCGUGGCCGUAGUGACAAGGGCAGCACUUACAACUUUGGAGGAGAAAAGGACGUCCUAGGUAUUGUCCUUUUGGAGGUAAACAAGGCCGAAGACUUGCCCAAGCUCAAGAACAUGACAAGAACAGGGUGGGAUAUGGACCCGUUUGUGGUCAUAUCCUUCUCCAAAAAGGUGUUCCGCACUCGUGUGCUGCGCCACAACCUCAACCCCGUGUGGGACGAAAAGCUCCUCUUUCACGUCCGCCGUUUCGAGGCAAACUAUAACAUCCAACUUACUGUGCUUGACUGGGAUAAGCUCAGUGGAAAUGAUCUGAUUGCAGAUACUACCCUUAAUGUUGCCGAGCUCAUCCAGGCCGCUCCGAAGCCGGACCCUACGACCGGACUCUAUGCAGAUCUCCAGAAGGACACGGAAAUGAUGCCAUUCUCAUUGACACUUAACGUUAACAAAGAGGCAGUUGGAGAUGGGUCCCACAAACCAACCAUUUCGUUCAAGGCUAAAUAUCAGCCCUACGAUCUAUUGCGCCAACGCUUCUGGGCCAACUACCUCAAACAAUACGACACAGACGACACAGGCGCAUUCUCUCACUUGGAGAUUACAGCUAUGCUUGAUUCUUUGGGAUCGACGCUCAGUCGUGAAACUCUGAAUUCGUGGUUCACGCGUUCUGGACGUGACCCAGUUCGCGAAGAACUCACCCUGGCGGAAGUCAUCCAGUAUCUCGAAGAAGAGACCAGCAGACCAGAUAGUCAAAAGAAGAAGCUCUCGGGCUCCCAGGACGAAUCACUCAGUGCGGCCCCUAGUGGCAUUGCUACUCCUUCCAUGCUAAAGUCUCUCCAAUCCGAGCCUCUCAACUUCGAGAAAAUUGACUUUACCGGAGAAGACUUCCGACGUAGUCCUAGCCGCGAAGAUUUCCCAGAGGCAAACCCCAACGAACCCAGUGGAAACACCAACGUUCUCGGCAGCAUGCCCGUUCCUGCCGGUCCUCAGCUUAAGAACAAGCGAAAUAGCCUCCCGACUCGUGCUGAUAUACCGAGUGUCGUAACCACAGAGGCCGAGACACCCAGUCGUCAGCAAAGUCAGUCUGACGAAGACGAUAGCGGAUCUGGAUUGGAAGACCGUGUCGAGCGCGUCAUCAACGUCAAGACAUGCCCUCUUUGCCAUCGGCCACGUCUUAACAACAAGGGUGAGAUGGAUAUCAUUACGCACUUGGCCGUUUGUGCUAGUCAGGACUGGGAGAAGGUGGAUCGCAUCACCGUCGGUAACUUUGUGACGGCAAGUCAGGCCCAGCGCAAGUGGUACACCAAGGCCAUUGCGAAGCUGUCCACCGGUGCCUACUCGAUCGGUGCAAAUUCUGCCAACGUCAUUGUUCAGAACCGUAUGACUGGACAGUUGGAAGAGGAAAAGAUGCAAGGCUUUGUUCGGAUCGGUAUUCGACUUCUUUACAAGGGUGCUCGAAGUCGCAUGGAGGGUGCACAAGCUCGCCGGUUACUCAAGUCAAUGUCUAUCAAAGAGGGAGUCAAGUUUAACAACCCAGAAUCUGCCAAGGGCAUUCGCGCGUUUAUUGAAUUCCACAACCUCAACGUGGAUGAAAUACUCGAUCCGAUUGACUCUUUCCCCAACUUCAACGAAUUCUUCUACCGCAAGCUGAAGCCCGAAGCACGACCGGUCUCGGACCCAGAUGAUCCAAGGACAAUUGUUAGCAGUGCAGAUUGUCGUUUGAUGGCGUUUGAAAGUGUCGGCGAGGCGACUCGUAUCUGGAUCAAAGGACGAGAGUUUACUGUGGGCCGUCUCCUAGGAGAGAGAUACAAGGACGAGAUUCACAAGUACGAGGGAGGUGCGCUGGUAAUCUUCAGACUGGCUCCACAGGAUUAUCACCGUUUCCACUCUCCCGUGGACGGAAAGAUUGGCCCCAUGACGUACAUUUCUGGCGAAUACUACACUGUCAACCCACAAGCCAUUCGUACGCAACUGGACGUCUACGGUGAAAACGCUCGCAAGAUUGUACCCAUUGACAGCCCAGUCUUUGGACGUGUAUUCUGCGCAUGCAUCGGCGCGAUGAUGGUCGGAACAAUAGUAACGACUGUGAAUGAAGGAGAAGAAGUGAAGCGUGGCCAAGAGUUUGGAUACUUUGCCUUUGGUGGCUCUACCAUUGUCACUAUAUUCCCAAAGGGAACUGCUGUAUGGGACCAAGAUUUGCUCGACAACAGCAAGGCACCGCUCGAAACCCUGGUCCGCGUUGGGAUGCGUAUCGGAAGAAAGGCCGACUAG